AUGGCUCCCUCAGCGACUGAGACAGACACCAUUUGGUCUGUCAACUAUGACACCCUGAAGCGCGAGAAGCUCUUCAGGAAUCCUCCCACCGAUCACACCGCAUACCCAGCGUUGGCCGCCUCCAUCCGGCCGCACGUCGAUUCUUUCAAUGCGCUCUUCGACGGCCCCAAGACCCUGGAAGAGGCUCUGAAGGAUAUCGGCACCAAGACCUUCCUCGACGGUGAUUCUGAGACACCUGAACAAAAGAAGGCUCGCAUCGCCGAGGGCCGCAAGGCACCCCGACGCAACCGGCUCAACGUUCGGAUCAGCGAGGUUUUCCUCGAGAAGCCUGCUCUUCCCCCCACCAACAAAUUCGCGACCCGCAAUCGCAACAUCUACCCCUCGGAGUGUCGCGAGAGACAUGCCACCUACCGUGGAAAGCUGCGCGCUCGCAUCGAGUGGCAGGUCAACAAUGGCGAUUGGAUGGAGUCGGUCCGAGAACUGGGCCAGGUCCCCAUCAUGCUGAGGACCAACCGGUGUCACUUGGAAAAGGCGACUCCCCAUGAACUCGUCGAGCACAAGGAAGAAUCGGAGGAGCUGGGUGGUUAUUUCAUCGUCAACGGAAACGAGAAACUCAUUCGAAUGCUGGUCGUCGGCAAGCGAAACUACCCCAUGGCGAUCAUCCGUGGUUCGUUCGUCAAGCGUGGCCAUACCUACACCAAAUACGGUAUCCAGAUUCGGUCUGUGCGCCCAGAUCAGACGUCGCAAACGAACUCCCUACACUACUUGACGGACGGCAACCUGACCUUCCGGUUCUCGUGGAGAAAGAACGAGUAUCUCAUCCCGGUGAUGAUGAUCCUCAAGGCGCUGGUGGAGACGAACGAUCGCGAGAUCUUCGAGGGAAUCGUGGGCAGUGCUUCGUCCGAGGGCAUCAAGAACACCUUCAUUACGGAUCGUGUGGAGUUGUUGCUUCGGACAUACAAGGCAUACAACAAGCACAGCCGCUCCGCCUGCCGCUCAUAUCUCGGAGAGAAGUUCAAGCCUGUGCUGGGAGUCGCAGCCGACAUGUCCAACGAAGACGCUGGUACCGAAUUCCUUCGCAAGGUUGUCCUCCCCCACCUGGGCUGCCACAACGUCAGCGAGACCCAGGAUUACGACAAGUUCAAGAUGAUUUUAUUCAUGAUCAGAAAGCUGUACGCAUUGGUUGCCGGAGAUUGCGCUCCGGACAACCCGGAUGCGGUCUCUAACCAGGAAAUCCUGCUUGGUGGUUUCCUUUACGGCAUGCUUCUUAAGGAAAGACUCGAGGAGUGGGUGAGGUCGUUCCAGCCCAUCCUGAGGGACUGGUCCAACCGUAACAGCGGCGCCAGGUUCACGGAUUCCGCAUUCGAGCGGGACUUCCUCAGCAAGAUCGUGAAGCGGUCCAACGAGAACAUUGGAGGAGCGCUCGAAUACUUCCUUUCCACUGGUAACCUUGUCAGUCCUACCGGUCUCGAUUUACAACAAGCAUCCGGUUACACCGUGAUGGCGGAGAAGAUCAACUUUUAUCGGUUCAUCAGUCACUUCCGCAUGAUUCACAGAGGUAGUUUCUUCGCCCAGCUCAAAACCACCACGGUCCGUAAGCUGUUGCCCGAGAGUUGGGGUUUCUUCUGCCCGGUCCACACCCCCGAUGGAGCGCCUUGUGGUCUGCUCAACCAUCUUGCGCACAAGUGCUUGAUCGCUACCAGCGACAUUGACGUAUCGAAGGUUCCCAAGGCCUUGGUCCAGUUGGGUGUCCGUUCGGAGUCGUCGGUGUCUGUGGAGGAGAGCGUGACUGUUCAGCUGGAUGGUCGCAUUAUCGGAUAUUGCUCUCCCCGGCAGGCCGGCUUGAUCGCUAACACGUUAAGACGCUGGAAGGUGGCCGGCGAUGACCGCAUCCCUGUUGAGCUGGAGAUCGGCUAUGUUCCCAACUCCAACGGUGGUCAGUACCCUGGUAUCUACAUGUUCUCGCAAGCCGCCAGAAUGUACCGACCCGUGAAGUAUCUGGCGCUGGGCAAACUCGACUAUGUCGGUCCGUUCGAGCAGCCCUUCAUGGAGAUUGCCUGCAUGCCCAACGAUCUCAUCUCGGGUGUUUCCACUCACAUCGAAUUCACACCCACCAACAUGCUUUCCAUUGUUGCCAACAUGACGCCUUUCUCCGACCAGAACCAAUCCCCUCGUAACAUGUACCAGUGUCAGAUGAGCAAACAGACCAUGGGUACCCCCGGUACUGCCAUCGACUACCGUACCGACAACAAGCUCUACCGGUUGCAGACCGGUCAAACGCCGAUCGUGCGGUCGCCGCUUUACAACGCCUACGGCCUGGACAACUUCCCCAACGGCACGAACGCUGUCGUUGCUAUUAUCUCCUACACCGGUUACGACAUGGACGACGCUAUGAUUAUCAACAAAUCCUCUCACGAACGCGGCUUCGGUCAUGGGACAAUCUACAAGACCAAGGUGCACGGCCUCGACGAGAAAGAUUCUCGCCGCGGCAAGUCCCGCCGUGAAAUCACCAAGCUCUUCGGCUUCGCCCCCGGCGAUCAGAUCAAGGCCGAAUGGCGGGCCACCCUGGACGAAGACGGUCUGCCCCACAUCGGCGCCAAAGUCAAGGAGGGCAGCUACGUUGCGGCGUGGCACAACGUGCGGUACGACGCGGCCAGCGAUUCGUACGUGAACGUGGACGGGGUCACCCACUUCGUCAAGUACAAGGACGCGGAAGAAGGCUACAUCGACAGCCUGCGCAUCUUGGGCGCCGAGUCCGGUGUGGAGCCCUGCCAAUCCAUCAGCGUCAAGUACCGCAUUCCCAGAAAGCCCAUCAUUGGAGACAAGUUCUCGUCUCGUCACGGACAGAAGGGUGUCUGCUCUCAGCUGUGGCCCGCGGUGGACAUGCCCUUCUCCGAGAGUGGCAUCCAGCCCGACCUGAUCAUCAACCCGCACGCUUUCCCGUCGCGUAUGACCAUCGCCCAAAUGGUCGAAUCCAUGGCCGGCAAAGCCGGCGCCCUGCACGGCCACCCGCAAGACUGCACCCCGUUCCAAUUCUCCGAGGAGAACACGGCGGUGGACUACUUCGGCCAGCAGCUGCGCAAGGCCGGGUACAACUACUUCGGCAACGAGCCCCUGUACAGCGGCAUCACGGGCAAGGAGUUCGCGGCGGACAUCUUUAUUGGGGUGGUCCACUACCAGCGUCUGCGUCACAUGGUUAACGACAAGUUCCAGGUCCGCACCACGGGCCCCGUCAACAACCUGACCGGCCAGCCCGUCAAGGGUCGUGCCAAGGGUGGCGGUAUCCGCGUCGGCGAGAUGGAGCGCGACUCGCUCAUCGCCCACGGCGCCGCGUUCUUGCUCCAGGACCGCCUCAUGAACUGCUCCGACGCCACCCGCUCCUGGAUCUGUCGCGACUGCGGCUCCUUCCUCUCCACCCAGGUCGUCGCCUCCGCCGCCGGCUCCCGCGCCUCCCGCAUCGCCGCCGCCAAGGCUGCCUCCAACCAGUCCGCCGGUUCCUCCGAGAAGCCGGGAGGUAUGGCCGCCCUCGUCCGCUGCCGUCGCUGCGCCCGCGAGGCGGUCUUCGAGGACUCCCGCGCCGUCCUCUGGGAGGAUGGCGAUGGCCGUCGCUACGUCGGGGGCGAUAAUGUUACCGUCGUGGCAGUGCCGGGGGUGCUGCGCUACUUGGACGUCGAACUCGCGGCGAUGGGUAUUCGGAUGAAGUUUAAGGUUGAAAAUUAA